AUGGACUCUGACAUAAUGAACAUGAUGAUGCAACAAAUAGAGAAGCUUCCUGAGUUCUGUAACACAAAUUCUUCUCUCAUCGACCACAACAACAACAACACUUACCCUUUUCUGUUCAACUCAAACCACAACAAUUCUGAAAUGACCCAUGAACCCGGUAACGGCUCCGGAUUACUCACUAACCCUUCUUCUCUCCGUCCCAAUACAACUUACUCUCCCGUUUUGUACGACAAAAGAAACAAUAACACGAACAUGGCAGCGAUGCGAGAGAUGAUCUUUCGAAUCGCCGUGAUGCAACCGGUACAUAUCGACCCUGAGGCCGUUAAGCCACCUAAGAGAAGGAACGUUAGGAUCUCUAAAGAUCCACAGAGUGUGGCUGCUCGGCACCGAAGGGAGAGGAUAAGCGAGAGGAUUCGGAUUUUGCAACGUCUUGUUCCUGGUGGGACCAAGAUGGAUACAGCUUCGAUGCUAGACGAAGCUAUUCAUUAUGUGAAGUUUCUAAAGAAACAAGUGCAGACGCUGGAGCAUCAAGCGGUGGCUAGCGGCGGUGGAAUGACGGCGGCGGUGAGUGGUGGUGGAGGAGUGGUUAUGAAAGGUUGUGGAGCAAUGGGGACUCAUCAUCAGAUGGUGGGGAAUGCACAGAUUCUUAGAUGAUGAUGAUUUAUAAUUUUACUAUUAUUAUAUUGAUGUCCGAGAAAGAGAGGAAUAUGAUUAAAAAUGGAACCAUUAAGAGUCUUCUAACUUUGUUUUCUUGUUUAGAUUUUCUGUAUGGACUGAUGGUUUUAAUGUCAUACUCUCCAUUGUUUGCAGCGAGGAGCAGUGGCGGAGCCACAGCCACAUGGUCAUAGGAUGGUACAAAUGCCCCAGAUGAUUUUUUAAAACUAUUGUAAAAUUUUGAUAGUGUUCUCCAUGCCCCGAAUGGUUCUUUAAACAAUUUUGAUG